AUGCAGCAGUUCUUCGCCUCAAAGCAGGAGUCAAAAAUAGCACAUCAGCCCGCGACAGACCGGAGCCCGGCAGGAACGCAUCAGAAGCCCGAGGACUGCUUCCAGCACUGCGUUCCGGCUGUACGUACUACACCGGUUACACAGCCGAGCGGCUGGCAGGUUGCGGUCGGCUUGGAACCAAACCGAGUCUCGUUCCCCGAGCCGUCCCCGCAGCGUAAGACGAUGCGCAGGCGGGCGGCGGCGCUGGGCCCGGACGCGGGCCGGCCGCACCCGCAGUGCCUGGACUUCAAGCCGCCGUUCCGGCCGCCGCGGGCCCUCGCCUUCUGCCGGCGCUACGGCGCCUUCGGCUGCUGCGACUCGAGGCGCGACCGGGCGCUCCUCCAGCGCUUCUAUCGCCUCAGCGCACACCUGGACGGGCCCACGUACUCCGCCUGCGCCGGGCACCUGCAGGACUUGCUCUGCCAGGAAUGCUCUCCAUAUGCAGCUCACUUGUACGAUGCUGAGGAUCCCUCCACCCCUGUGCGGACCAUACCAGGACUUUGCCAGGACUAUUGUCAGCAAGUAUGGCAAAAAUGCCGGUCCAUUUUUCGCUAUCUCUCUACAGACCAGGAGUUAAUUGCACUGGAGAACAACAUGGCAAAAUUCUGCCGCUACCUGUCCCUGGAGGACACAGAUUACUGUUUCCCACACCUGCUGGCUAAUGAGAACCUCAACCAAAACCUGGGGUUGGUGACCGCUGAUGCAGAGGGCUGCCUCCAGCUCUGCCUCGCGGAGGUGGCCAACGGGCUGCGCAAUCCCGUUGCAAUGGUGCACGCCAACGACGGCACCCAUCGCUUCUUCAUCGCUGAGCAGGUUGGCCUGGUGUGGGCCUACCUCCCUGACCGGUCCAGGCUUGAAAAACCUUUUCUAAACAUCAGUGAAGCCGUGCUUACCUCACCUUGGGAAGGAGACGAGAGAGGUUUUCUAGGUAUUGUCUUCCAUCCUAAAUUCAAAUUUACUGGUAAAGUGUAUGUCUACUAUUCAGUUGAAGUUCGUUAUGAAGAGAGAAUCCGAAUCAGUGAGUUCAGAAUUUCUUCUGGUGACAUGAAUACUGUGGACCAUGGUUCUGAAAGGAUAAUUCUGGAAAUAGAAGAACCAGCUUCCAACCAUAAUGGAGGAGAGCUGCUCUUUGGUGAUGAUGGUUAUCUCUAUAUAUUUACUGGAGAUGGAGGCAUGGCUGGAGAUCCUUUUGGGACCUUUGGAAACGCCCAGAACAAAUCAGCACUGCUGGGCAAAGUGCUGCGGAUCGACGUGAACAACAAUGAGCGGGGGCCUGUGUACAGGAUCCCCCCGGACAACCCCUUCGUUGAUGACCCACAGGCUCGACCUGAGGUCUAUGCCUACGGAGUGAGGAAUAUGUGGCGCUGCUCAUUCGACAGGGGAGAGCCUGAUACGAAGGAAGGGAAGGGGCGUCUCUUCUGUGGGGAUGUAGGACAGAACAAAUAUGAAGAGAUCGACAUUGUAGAGAAGGGGAAGAACUACGGCUGGAGGGCGAGGGAGGGAUUCAGCUGUUAUGAUAAAAAGCUUUGCGUCAAUUCUUCACUGGAUGAUGUGCUUCCAAUCUAUGCAUAUCCACACAAAAUGGGGAAAUCUGUUACAGGAGGCUAUGUCUAUCGAGGCUGUGAGUUUCCAAACCUGAAUGGCUUAUACAUAUUUGGUGAUUUUAUGAGUGGACGCCUGAUGUCUUUGAAGGAGGAUCAUACUACUGGAGAGUGGCAGUACAGUGAAAUCUGUAUGGGGACAGGACAAACCUGCAUGUUCCCCGGGCUCAUCAAUAACUAUUACCAAUACGUAAUUUCUUUUGCUGAAGAUGAAGCAGGAGAACUUUACUUCAUGUCUACUGGCGUACCAAGUGCCACGGCCCCACACGGGGUGGUGUACAAAGUGGUGGACACCUCCAGGAGAGCACCACCAGGAAAAUGCCAAGUUGAGCCUCUGCCAGUAAAAGUAAAAAGCAAGCUUGUAAAAUUUGUGCCAAAGGAGAAACUCAUUGUGAAGACACCAACACCACGUCCCCGACUAAAGACCACAACUGAAGCCCCGAGAAGAGGCUGGCCAGACCCUGCCACGUCCCACACACCAGCUCUAGACCGAGUGGACCAAGCCCCAGUGAACCGCAGCGUGAUGCUGGUCCCCACCACAGCACGAAGCCCCAAGCCUGGAAAAAGGGAAAGGAAGGGACAGCGCAGGAAGAAGAAACCCCGCAAUGGGGCCGUGCGGCUGGAUGGUGGCAGCCGUGGACGGAGCUGGGGCAGAGUAGAGGUCUAUGUUGAUGGAGAGUGGGGCACGGUGUGCGAUGAUGGCUGGAGCUCAGCAGCCGCUGCUGUGGUGUGUCGUCAGCUGGGCUUUCCCUAUGUGGUGCGGGCCAGCAAGAAGGCAGAAUUUGGGGAAGGGACUUCGCUUCGUAUUCUUCUGGAUGAUGUCCAGUGCUCUGGGCAGGAGAAGACACUGCUGGAAUGUGCCCACGCUGAGGUUGGUACGCAUAAUUGCUCCCACGAGGAGGAUGCUGGUGUGGUGUGCAGCAGGGAGGAGGUGGCGGACUGGUGAUGGGUGCUGGAGAAGAAAGCUGAGGGACAGAGAGCACUUCCUCUUCCUAAUCGACCCUCUAAAGCAGCGUAUGUAUUGAGGAAGGCUUUCUCUGCCUAGGGGAUGCUGCACCUAUUUGAAUUAAUCUUGGCAUUUUCUUCAUCCACAUGCAUAUACCUUGGAGGGAAAGAAAAAGUAAAAAUUCACUGGUAACUUGAAUGUGUCCUGGCCAACGGAUGGGUUUGUAGGGGGUGUUUUACAAGAAGAAAACCCAAACCUCCUCAAUUACAGAUAACAGAUACCUACAGUUGCCCUUUUGCCAUACAAAAUGCAACAUUCCACAACCACGCUUCACAAUGUUUGGCUGAAAAAGAAAUUCCCAAGUGGCUGUGUUUCAGUCUUUCUUUUGCAGGUGUUUGCAUUGUUUUCCUUGCUUUGCUGGCUGUAGCUCUCAGUGGUGGUUCUGAAGUAUGCACAAAUCAGUGCCUUUCUUUGCAGAAUAAAAAGUAGACAUUUUGGCUAACUUUCUGCACACUAGUUGAAAGGAAAAAGAUUCUCUUGUAAUGCUUAACUUUGGUAUACAUCUAUGGAUUAUCAAAGAUAACUACAUCUAAGCAACAGUCAGGUAAAUUAGGAAAAGCUAUGGCAUGCUGCCUCGAAAACCCUUCUUCAGGUUACACUCCUCUGAGAGAAAAGAAAAUCAGGUCUUUUUUUACAUGAACAGAAACAUUACCCAGUUGAACACAGAAGACACUUUGUACAUGUUCUCCACUUUAUCAAGCACUGUGAAACGACAUAUUUUUGCAUUCAGUUUUCACAGCUAUGAAGGAUGUAAUGUACUGGGGUAAUAACCCUGUAAUUAUUUACCCUUUUUCAAAAAAUGUUAAAAAUAAAUCACAACAACCCACA